AUGGGCCGGUUCGCAUGGACACAAAAUCACCACAAACAGCCGAGUGAUGGCAAGCACGUUCUGCCAGACUGGUUCAGCAAGUCCACGGGCGAACCAUCGCGGCAGGCACUCGUAGAGCUGGUGAAAGAACACAACAGUCCACCGGGCACUACAUACACCAGAUCGCGGACCAAUACCCUAAUAUCGACACUCUCACACGGCCACAAGUCAUCCUCUUCUCAUUCAUCGAGUAGUCAACGAUCUCGACCGUCGUCACGCCAAAACUCCUUCGAUGGUUUGGAUGUCCAUCCUGGAGCACAGGAGAAGACCGGCAAGACUCUCCUCAGCAAAGGCAGCAAGAUUAUGCGUCGGCAAACGAGCAAAUUCAAUGUGCUAGCAUCGCAUACGAGCGAGGACCCAUCAAACAACGAUAGCAGCCCUCGAUCUUCAGGAUUACAGCGGGUCAGGUCCGCAGGGCAAAUGCUCAACAUGCACACCCGACGGGCUACAGUAAAGCCACAGAUAUCAGGUCCGUUCGACUUCCAGCACGUCUCGCACACCGAUCAAUCGCAAUAUCAAAACCUCAACAAAUCCACCAAGGUUGAAUUGGUCGAGUCCUUCAACUCUCUGCAAGCUAGUCAACGACCCAAAGGCGACAUCCAGGGCAUCACUGUCGCCGACAUACAGUCCACAGAUGCUUCUUUCGAGCAUCGGUCGUCCUCGCCAACCUUCUCAAUUGUGCCUUCUCUCACGGACGAGACAUCGAAGCCGGCACCACCACCCAAGGAUCAUCUCAGACUACCGUCACUUGGUGGAGACGUAAGGCUGUCGCAAUCUGUCGAAAACUUCUCUUGGCCGAGUCGUCUGUCGCUGUUACCGGGAUUUGAAGUCGGUGACCUUGACUACGGGACUACCGACAGUGUCGAACAAGCUGCAGCGGCAGAUGAUCCAAUCACCAGUUUCUCCUUUAGCACCGACGAGGAAGCUCCCGAAGACCAAAGUCGGCCCUCGCCGCAGCUGGCUCCAUCAGCAAUGCUUGACAAACCUUUGCCUGAGGCACCUGGCAUUGUCCAUGCAGUAUCCACGGAUGAUCUUUCGGCGCUGUUACUCAAGACUUCGCCUCUCCCCGAACCACCGUUGCACCAAAAACAGAUGUCAGCAGGAACGGACUCCCUCAACUCGGUCAUGACCAGCCCGCAUCGCAAGAGCCUCAUCCGGCCCAUGCAGUCUGUACCUGCCGAUCUUGGCCAGUAUCGUCAGAGUCGGCUCGUGGCGCAGGUACCACUAAGCUCAACAUUUGUGUCAACUUCGGAUGUCCUGGCAUCUCCGCCGCGCCCAGGCCCAAUAGAGAGGAGAAUAUCAGUGGGCCUCAAGACUAUCGACGUUGAUGAUUGGGAAGAUGCUAUCGAUUACUCUUGGGAUCAUGCUUUGGAAGAUGAGGAUGACGAUGGUCUCACGAUGAACGCAACCUCAAGCAUGUCCAAAAGUGACAUCUUGCCACAGAGAUCAUUUCCACCUACUCAGUCCUUUGCAUCAUUCGCACAAAGAGCCCCGAUGCAUUCGCGAGCAAUGCGGCACAAUGCUCCGCAGUCUUCGCUGCGCGGCCUCGGCAUCAAUUCAGGCGAUAGAUACAGUGCGGCAUUGAGUCCUGACUCGCACGUUCAUGUCAGCCAGCGCGAAAGUCUGCGAGUGCCCUACCCACAGCGAGUGUCUGGCUCACCAAUCAGCAAGUCAAGCUCGCAAGAGAGCAUAAUUCUGUCUAUCGCCUCCUCAAUCAUCUCGACGAAUCGCUCGAGCAAUACUUCAUAUGGUGAUCUCAAGCAUUUUUCUCAUCCCGAGGCCGAAAGCCCUGUUCUGCAAACGGCAAGCCAAGAUGGCAGCAGCUCAAGCGUCGAUACUGUUACCUGCGAACAGAAACCAGAUCUACACUCGACUGAUCAAUACGAAGAUGACACCAUCGUCGAGCUCCCGGACAUCGGUCAUCAAAGGGGAGCUUCCACCUCCCGUGUGCCAUAUGUGCCAAGUCGACGGUCUUCGAUGAUACCUGCAGCUCAAUCUGCCGUCCGACAACGGUCUAGCACUCUCCAGGGACGUCCCAAGCUCAAUACACGAGCUUCAUACUCGCUGUUCCCGACAUCUCGACCUACUCAACCUACCUCACAAUCGUAG